UAAGGAGUUGUACAGACCUCUCCCAAAGGGACAGAAUAACUUCUUCCUAGUGGCAGACAGAAUUGUGUAGAACGACUUUGGACGACUCAAAAAAUCUCACAGAACAUGAAGAAAAAGCUGGAAGUCAGUCUGCUGUUUUUUACUGGAUAUUUGUUCAUAUUCAUGUAUCCAAAUCACAUCAGUGGCUUUAACCUGGAUCUGAACAAAUACACCGUCUUCUCUGGCCCUGAGGACAGCUACUUUGGUUUCUCAGUCGACUUUUAUCAGUCAAGCAGCAAAAGUAUAAGUGUGGUGGUUGGAGCACCCAGAGCAAACACCAGCCAGCCUGGGAUCUCUCAUGGCGGCUCUGUCUUCAUGUGUCCCUGGACAUCAAGCGGAGAAUCGUGUCAGACAUUAAACUUUGACCAAAAAGGUGAUGAAAACAUCACGUUUGGUAACAUGCUCCUAAUGGCUCACAAAUCAAACCAGUGGCUGGGCGCUUCAGUUCGAACCUACAACAACUUCAUCUUGGCCUGUGCCCCUAUGUUUCACUGGAACGUGCUUUUGGAAAAAGAGGAGGCCAUGAAUACACCUGUUGGGAACUGCCAGCUUUUGAACAUGCGAACAGGAGAGUUGGCAAACUACGCCCCCUGCAGGGAAGAAUAUGUAGAGUCGAUUUACACCAGAGGCUAUCCUGACAGGCGUUACUGUGAGGCUGGAUUUACCACAGACAUCACAGAGAAUGGCAGAGUGAUACUUGGUGCACCAGGAGGCUAUUAUUUUCAAGGUCAUAUCAUCACUGCAUCUCUUGCAAACAUCAUGAGAAGUGGCAGCACGUUCUCUCCCAAGCACUCAGUGAGCGGUGAGACCAAAACACCACAAAGACUUGACUACUACGACCUGUAUCUGGGAUACUCUGUUGCUUCUGGGCAGUUUAAUGAAGACCGCAUCCCAGAUUAUGUCGUUGGGGUCCCAAACGAUCUGCACACUGCAGGCUCUGUCAAAAUAAUAAACGCUGCAACAGUGCCUCUGCAAAUCAUGAAGGCGAUUAGUGGCACCCAGAUAGCAUCUUAUUUUGGGCAUUCUGUGGCAGUAACAGAUAUUAACAAAGAUGGGUGGGACGACAUCCUGAUUGGAGCGCCGCUUUUUAUGGAGCAGCUGUCCAAUCAGAAAUUUCGAGAAGUGGGACAAGUAUAUGUUUACCUGCAAAGAAAGGGCUUCUUCUUCUCCUCCAGGCCCAACCAGAUGCUGACAGGGACAUAUGCCUAUGGGCGUUUUGGCAGCGCUAUCGCCCCUUUGGGAGACAUCGACCAUGAUGGGUUUAAUGAUGUAGCUGUGGGGGCACCUGGCUCUGGUGAAGGGGGUCAAGUGUUUAUUUACCUUGGUCAGAGUGAUGGUUUGACCACCCAGUAUGUUCAAGUAAUUGAGAGCCCAUUUCGCACCCUCAAAGAUCCUCCAAUGUUUGGCUUCAGCAUAAGAGGAGGGACAGAUAUUGAUGAUAAUGGCUAUCCAGAUCUCAUCAUUGGUGCUUGGGGUGCGAGCAAAGUGGCAACUUACAGAGCACAAGCUGUAGUGAGGACACAGGCUCGACUCUCAUUCUUCCCUGAACUUUUGAACCCCGAAGACAAAUUCUGCCAACUCCACCAGAGCAGCACCUUCAUUACUUGCUUUGUAAUAAUGGCAUGCAUCAGUGUAUCCGGACACAGAAUUCCUGAGGAGAUUGUGCUCAACACUGAGCUUCAGCUGGACAGGAUGAAGCAGAACAUGGCCAGACGAACCCUCCUACUGGACUCCAACCAGCCAUACACAUACUUCCAACUCACGGUGCAAAGAAACUCUGGAGAUGUCUGUAGGAACUUCACGGCCUACCUAUUGCCUGAGUUUAAGGACAAGUUAAGUCCAAUCUUCUUCUCGGUGAACUACAGCCUGGCUGACUCCCAAGAUGCAGUGCUGCAUGGACAAAGUGUCGCUGUUGGACAGACAAGGAUAAUACUAAACUGUGGUCAUGAUAACAUCUGUAUUCCAGACCUGAAGCUGAAAGCAGUAGCGUCAACAGAACCAAUCCUGAUCGGCGAUGAGAAUCCAGCGCUGCUGAUUAUCGAGGCCGAAAAUCAGGGAGAGGGAGCUUACGAGACUGAGCUAUAUAUCAGCCCGCCAGCACACACACACUAUCAGGGUGUUGUGAGCAACCGGCAGGACUUCAGUCACUUGGUUUGUGGUCAGAAGAAGGAGAACGGCUCAGUCAUUGUGGUUUGUGAUCUAGGAAACCCCAUGGAGGGUGGACAUCAGCUGAAAGCAGGUCUUUACUUCAGCAUGGGUGGCCUGGAACAAGUGGAGAACCACAUCACAUUCCAAAUGCAAAUACGAAGUAAGAACAGUCAGAACCCAGACAGUAACCUGGUCCAAUUACAGGUUAAUGUUAAUGCUGCAGCUUCCCUGGAGAUGCGUGGAGUCUCUUCUCCUGUUGACUGUGUCCUGCCUAUUGCUAAAUGGGAGCCAAAGGAUUAUCCAGAAGACAUAAAUGAAGUAGGCCCACUCGUAGAGCAUGUAUAUGAGCUAAGAAACAUGGGUCCUAGUCCGGUCAAUGCAAAGCUUACACUGGAGUUUCCUGUCUCACAAAAUGAGUCCUAUCUGCUGUAUGUGUUUGCUAAUGCCUCCCAAGAACUCAUCUCCUGUCAAACAGACUACUCCAACAUCGACCCACGUGGGUUGGUGAAGCUGGAGUCCUCCAACGUCACCAUAGGCCAAGUUCAUCAUUUCAACAAACGCGACCUGUCGCAAAAAACAGAAUAUGAGCAGCAGUGGCAACAUACUGUCCAUGUGAACUGCUCUAGUGGUGACCAAUGUCUUCUGUUUGAGUGUGAGGCUGCGGGACUGCAGAGAGAUGAGAGGGCCAUUGUAAGAGUGAUGAGUAGGCUGUGGGUACAAACCUUCUUAAAGAGACCAUAUGUAAAUUACGUUCUUCACUCCACGGCUCACUAUGAGGUGAAAGAUGUGCCCUCAAAAAUCCAGCCAGUUGUCUUGCCCAGAGGAAAAGCACAGACACACACAAAUAUAGUGUGGAGACGCCCAGAUGGACAAGAGGAGGUUCCUGUUUGGUGGAUAGUAGUGUCAGUCAUCGCUGGGCUCCUUCUACUGGCUGCCCUGAGUACAAUCUUCUGGAAGGUGGGAUUUUUCAAGCGUAACCGUCCUCCAAGUGACGAUGAUGGUGAUGACACGCAGCACCUGAAUGGUGACCAGAACGAGAUGUCAGACUGCAAAUCUUGAGAUUUAUGAUGUUUUAAAGCUUUUUAAACUUUGUUUGCUAUAUUAUAUUAAAUACUUUCUGCAGUUUUAUUAAAUAUGUAUCAUGGUGGUUUAUAUGGAGUUGCAGGCAUUAGGUAACCAAACUCCUCACCUUUCAGUGACAACUCACAUUUUUGAGAUCAAAAUAGGUCACUUAUGGGAUUUGCAUAGAUCCAAUGUAAAAGUGUUUUAUGGGGGUGGGGGUGGGGGGUCUUACAAGGGUACUUGGUUGUUUCAAUGAGUACUGUACAUUGUUUCCUUUACUCUUACUUUAAAAACUAAUGUCUUUAACAGGGAAUAUUUUAUGGAUUUGAGGUCUGAGAUGUGGGAAUGGUAAAGAGAGAGAGGGCAAACAGUUUGCAGUUUAGCUCAAUAUUGCCAUCUAAUCAGCCAAUAUUGUCUUAAAUAUCCUGCAUUACAGUUUUGGAUAUAUACGGUAUUAAAAAUAAAUUAAAAAUCCCUUAAAGUAACUACAAAUGAGCAUGUAAAGCAAAUUUAAAAAAAUAUAUAUAUAUAUCAUAUCGUGCAAAGCAUGCCCCCGCCCCACGCAAUGUUCUCACCUUUUUUCCCUCUUACCUGUUUGCAUCCCUGCAUAUAGCUUUAGGCAGAAAUAGAAGUAGAUAAAAAAAAUAGCAUUGUCUCCAACCCAUUGCUCUUGUUAACAUUCUUAGUAUUUCAGGAAGGUGAUAGUCCAUUUUGAUUAUCAGUAGAGAUCACUGAGCUGUACAACUGGCUAUGAACAUUAAGUCAUAAAACCAAUGUAAAUAGUCACAUUCAUCAGAGAAAUUCAUUAUGCAUAUACUUAAUAAAUAAUGCUUGUUGACUUUCA